AUGAAGGGGUUUCCCGGUGUGGCUGGUGAUCCAGGGCAGGCAGGUUCUCUAGGAGCUCUGGGUCCUCCAGGAAAGCCAGGUCAGGACGGGAUCCCUGGACCAGCUGGAGAGAGGGGCUUCACAGGGAAACCAGGGUUGAUGGGCCCUCAGGGACCUGUGGGCAUGUAUGGCCCUUCAGGGCAGCCAGGACCAGAGGGUGGCAGGGGGCGCCCUGGUCCUCCAGGGAGCCAGGGGCCUCUGGGGCCACAGGGGUUGGCCGGACCUAGAGGGUUUCCAGGAACACCUGGGAUAACUGGACUGAUGGGUCAGACUGGAGAGAAAGGAGAGCAGGGAGCAGUGGGUCCUACUGGUGAUAUUGGUGCUCCAGUUCUGGAUGGGCAGCAGGGUCUUCCAGGACCAGCUGGUGAAGAAGGGUCUCCUGGAACAAAAGGUGACCAGGGAGCUGUGGGCCCCCAGGGACAACCAGGGCGCUUGGGGCCAAAGGGAGCGCUAGGACCUCAGGGCUCCCAAGGGCUGCAGGGUGAGCCUGGACAGAGGGGCAAAGAGGGAGAUUUUGGAGAGCCUGGCAUUCCUGGGGAUCCAGGUGCUAAAGGAUCAAAGGGAGAUAUGGGAAAUCGUGGCCUAUCCGGACCAGAGGGGCCUCUAGGAGUCCCAGGAACACAAGGACCAAGGGGGUCAAAAGGAGAAAAGGGUUAUGCAGGCUUGAUGGGUCAAGGUGGCCUGACGGGGAAGGUUGGACCAUUAGGCUUAUUAGGACUACAAGGUUUGCCAGGUAUUUUUGGGAUUCCAGGACCUGAUGGGCCACCAGGACAGAAGGGAGACAAAGGUCCUGCUGGUUUGAGUGGGGAGCCAGGGAUUCCAGGUCCUAAGGGGGUGGCAGGAAGCCCAGGUGUUAAAGGUGACAUGGGAAAGCCUGGAGCAGUGGUAAGUGGAGUACAGUAUUACAAAGCAGUACUGUGUUGCUAAUGAGAUUGCCCAAAAACAUUUUAGCUUUGAAUUUUCCAACUGCCAUUCAUACAAUGCACAAAGCCAUCUUUGAUUUUGAGGUUGGGGUCAGUGAGGUACCUUCGACUUUCCUAAUCGUAAAUCCGACUUCAGGAGGCGUUCCAGUUGAAAUUUCCGACUGAACACACCAACAAUAUUCUGGAUCAUGUAUCCUGGAACAUUCCUGGCAGCUACAAAGCCCUCCCCACUCACAGCCCUACUUUGGGCAAUCAAACCAAAGACAACAAACAAAGAAAAAAAAACAUCCCUGUCAGCCUGGACCCUCACCAGUUUGUAUUCUGAGCCAACAGAUCCACAGAGGAUGCUCUCUCCACUGCCCUCCAGUCAGCCUUCACACACCUUGAGAAAAACACCUACAAAGGCUCUGGACAUUGUUGGUUUGUCUUGGCUGACACUCCGCAUUGUCACAUAGAGGUUGGGGACCGUACCUGUGAAUUGGCAGGCCUGAGUGAUGGUUCUCAUUUUUUCAGGUUUCUCAGGUUUUCGGAGUGUGAAGCAGCCGGGGUGAGAAUCAGCACCUCCAGUUCUAUGGUUGUUGGUCAGAAAACGGUCACUCCUUCCAGGCUGGGAGUGAGAUACUGUCCCAAGCAAAGGGGUUCAAAUAUCGAUCUUGUUCAUGAGUGAUAGUAAAUGUAGUAAAAUGGAGCGUGAGAUAGACAGGCUGAUUGGUUCAGCUUCAGCAGAGACCGAGAACUUUCUGGAGGAUUUAUAUAUCUCAUCUGGCCUGGGAACUCCUCGUGGUAACAAUGGUAAAUGGUUAAUGGACCUGUACUUGUAUAGCGCCUUUCUAGUCUUCCAACCACUCAAAGCGCUUUUACACU